AUGGGCAAGCGCAAGCAAAUCAAGGACGGCGACGUCGCCAUGGGCGGCACAGUCGACGGCGACUCUUCAGACGAGGACAUGGAGAUAGUCAACGUUGACUUCGAAUGGUUCGACUUCCAAGAGAUCGAUUUCCACGGCCUCAAGCACCUCAUUCGCCAGCUUUUCGACGUCGAUGCUCAGGACAUCGACCUCUCUGCCUUGUCUGACCUCAUUAUCUCACAGCCUCAUCUUGGCUCAACGGUGAAAACAGACGGGAAGGAGUCAGACCCGUAUGCGUUUUUGACGGUGCUGAAUCUGCAAGAGCAUAGUGAAAACCCCGGCGUUAAAGGUCUAACCGCCUACCUGAAGCGAAAAGCCAGCAGCACACCCUCCCUAGCCCCCCUCGCCGAACUCCUCUCCAAAACACCCAUCCCGCCGAUCGGACUCAUCCUCACGGAGCGUCUCAUCAACAUGCCGGCCGAGGUCGUGCCGCCGAUGUACGGCAUGCUGCAGGAGGAAAUCGCCCAGUCGAUUGAGGAGAAGAAGCCAUGCAACUUCUCGCACUACCUAAUCGUGUCUAAGAACUACGAGGAGGUUGAGUCGAAGCUGGAUGCGGAGGAGUCGCGGCCACAGAAGAAGAAGAAGAAGGCCGCUGCUGAGAAGGGAGAGCGGUUCUUCUUCCACCCUGAGGAUGAGAUCCUGGAGCGUCAUGCUCUGUGCACGGGUGGUUAUGACUGGUCGCAUAAGCAUGAUGAGGGACACUCGGAUUCGAAACGUGCGUUCCAGGAGUUGGGGAUUCUGACGAAGGGUAGCUUGAUGCUUUUCGAGGCUGGGAAGCUGGAAGGUGCUGUUAAGGAUAUGGCGGAGUUCUAUAAGCCGCCGGUAUAA